GAAGUUUAUCCUAACAAUUUUGGUAAAACUAGGGAAGAAAUAAAAGAAUUAGAUAUAAGUGGUAAAGGCUUAGAAGGAGCAUUAGACCUUUCUGAUUUUAAGAAUUUAGAGACAUUACAAUGCUGUAAUAAUUGCCUCACUAAUCUAAAUAUAAAUAAUUGUAAGAAUUUAAAGAAAAUUUAUUGCCAAGAUAACCAACUUACUAAUCUAAAUCUUAGUAGUUUAGCAGAGUUAAAAAAACUUUUGUGUUCUAAUAAUUUCCUUACUCAAAUAAUUUAUCCUCCUAAUCCUGAAAAAAUAACUGAAUUAAUUAUAUACAAUAACAAUAUAAAUCCCUCUGACCUUUCUAUUUUUAGCAAGUUUAGGAAUUUAGAUGAUUUAAAUAUUGGUAAUACAGAUAAAAACAAAAUUAAUCAAAAUAUUUAUAAUCAUUUUCAAGGAAGUUUAGAACCUUUGAAGGAUUUGAAAAAGUUAGAGAGAUUAGAUAUCUCUAAUACUGAUAUUAGUGGUAGUUUAGAAUAUCUAAACAAUUUGAAUAACUUACGAGGAUUAAAUAUUUCCAAUACUGAUAUAAAUAGUG